AUGGCAACUGAGAAAGGAAACAUUGUUGGCACGGAAGCACAGGAGCAAGCUCAUGCACAACAAGAGCAAGCUCACCCCAGGUCCAAGCGAGAGCGAGGCCGGAGCAGGGCACCUGCAGGUGAGUCCUUUGAACCUCGUGUUGUUAGCUUGGAAUCUAACAUGGAGGAAGUGAGAACUACUAUAGGGGGACUCAACGAUCAACUCAACAAUCUCAUCCAAGAGAAUGCUGAGAUAAUGCGGGCUUUCAAGUUGAUGAUUGCAGACCUUAACGAUGAUUUAGGGGAAGACAUUCGUUCCCUCAGACGUGAUCUCGCCGAUCUCCGCAAAUAUGUGAGAGAUGAGGUGCGAGGUCUACGCUCUCAAAUGGAUGAGAUUCAUCAUGAAUGGGAAUCUCAUCGCUGUGUGAGUAGCCCUAUUAGUGGCAGUACUUCAAACGUCACUUCUCAGGGUCUGAAAGUGCCCAAGCCGGCCAUGUACAAUGGGGCUCGUAGUGCCACGAUUGUGGAGAACUUUCUUUUUGGCCUAGAACAGUACUUCGAGGCCAUGGGAGUCUCUAACGACUUGAUCAAAAUCAACAAUGCUUCAACUUUUUUCCGGGACGCAGCCCAACUAUGGUGGCGCAGAAAGCAUGCUAAACGAGAAAAGGGCCUUUGCACUCUCAACACAUGGGAGCUGUUCAAGUCAAAACUCCGCAAGCACUUUGUUCCCCACAAUGCUGAGACAGAGGCUCGAGGUAAGCUUCGUAGAUUGAGACAAACUAGUAGUAUUCCUGACUACAUCAAAGAGUUUACUACCAUCAUACUCGAGAUCGAGGACCUGUCUGAUAAGGAGGCUCUUUUCUACUUCAUGGACGGACUUAAAGACUGGGCGAGAGUAGAACUCAAUAGACACAAAAUGCAAACUCUAGAUGAGGCAAUUGCUGCUGCUGAGUGCAUAAUUGACUACUCCACCAAGUCCAAAAAGCCUAAUCUUGGUAACAGUAGAGGAGACAAAGGAGGACAAAAGAAGAAUUCCGAUCGUAAGGAUGGUGGUAGAUUCUUUGGUGGGAGUUCUAGACAAGAUAAACCACCCUUAAUCAAGCAUGAUGCCUCAAAGCCACCGAAGCCAUGCUUCAUGUGCAAUGGUCCACAUUGGACUCGUGACUGCCCCAACCACAAAGCUAUGAAUGCUUUGGUUGCUGAGACGAAGGAUAACCGGGACAAGGAGCAACAGAUCGACCUUGGUUCCCUCCAACAUUUGAAUUCCUUGACUGGACUCUUUUCCCCAUGUAAGAAGGAAGAGAAAGGUCUACUUUAUGCUGAUCUUGCCAUUCAGGGUAAGUCCGCUUCUGCCAUGCUCGACAUAGGAGCAUCCCAUAACUUCAUAGAGGCUGAAGAAGCCAAGAGAUUAGGUAUCCAACUCAGCAAGGGAGAAGGCACCAUCAAGGCAGUGAACUCUCCAGCCAAACAAGUCUUUGGGAUUGCCAAGGAUGUGAAGGUGAAGAUCGGGGACUGGCAAGAUACGUUAGACUUUACUGUUAUCCCUAUGGAUGAUUUCAAAGUUGUAUUGGGACUUGCUUUCUUUUGCAAAGCACAUGCCUUCCCUAUUCUCGAAGCCAAGUCUAUGGUGGUCAUUGACUCCAACAUGAUCCUGGUAAUCCCUUUAAAACGCUUGGAGAAAUCCAACCCUAUGAUUUUUGCCUUGCAAUUCAAGAGGGGUCUCAAGAACUCAGAAGGGUAUAUUGCCACUGUACGUUCAUUGGCCGAGGAAGAGGAUGGCCCAACCAAGCCACAGGAAACCUUGCUACCUUGCAUCCAAGAAGUGCUACAGGAGUACAAGCACGUCAUGCCCGAUGAGUUGCCCAAGAAACUACCUCCCAAAAGAGAGGUAGACCAUCAGAUCGAGUUGGAGCCUAGUGCCAAACCACCUGCUUUGGUACCUUACCGCAUGUCACCUCCAGAACUUGCAGAGUUAAGGAGACAACUGCAAGAUCUCCUUGAUUCAGGAUAUAUUCAACCAUCUAAGGCUCCCUAUGGUGCCCCAAUCCUUUUCCAGAAGAAGAAGGAUGGAUCGUUGCGAAUGUGCAUCGACUACAGGACCUUGAACAAGAUUACUAUUAAGAAUAAGUACCCGAUACCUUUGAUUGCUGAUUUGUUCGAUCAGCUUAGAAAAGCCAGGUACUUCUCUAAGCUUGAUCUUCGAUCUGGGUACUAUCAAGUACGCAUCGCUGCAGGUGAUGAGUCGAAGACAACCUGCGUGACGAGAUAUGGAGCAUUCGAAUUCCUUGUCAUGCCCUUUAGACUAACAAAUGCCCUAGCUACAUUCUGCACGCUCAUGAACAAGUUGUUCCACCCUUACUUGGACCAGUUCGUGGUGGUAUACUUGGAUGACAUCGUGGUGUACAGCAAGACUCUUGAAGAGCAUGCUCAACACUUGAAGAAAGUCUUUCAAGUACUCUCUAAUCAUGAACUUUACAUUAAGCUGGAAAAAUGCUCUUUUGCCAAACAAGACGUGGACUUCUUGAGGCAUAAGAUCAAGGAUGGGAAGCUCAUGAUGGACCCAACUAAGGGGUAUUCAAAAAUCACUGCUCCAUUGACAGAUUUACUCAAGAAGAACAAAUCUUGGCAUUGGUCACAAGAUUGCCAGGAUGCCUUCAACAAGCUGAAGCAGAUGGUCGCGCAAGAGCCUGUUAUGUCCUUGCCCGACUACUCUAAGCCAUUUGAGGUACACACCGAUACCUCAGACUUUACAAUAGGCAGCGUUUUAAUGCAAGAAAGACACCCUAUUGCGUAUGAGAGCCGCAAGCUCAAUGACACAGAGAGGUGCUACACGGUGCAAGAAAAAGAGAUAUCUGCCAUUAUCCAUUGUCUACGAACCUGGCGUCAUUACUUACUUAGGAGUAAGUUCACUAUUAUGACAGACAAUGUUGCUACGAGCUACUUCCAAACACAAAAGAAGCUCAGCCCAAAGCAAGCUCGCUGGCAAGAUUUUCUUGCUGAGUUUGAUUAUUGGCUGGAGUACAAGCCAGGCAAAGCGAACGUGGUGGCGGAUGCCUUAAGCAGGAAAGCCGAGUUAGCCACUCUCUUAGCAAGUAUGCCCCAGAAUGACUUCCUUGAACGAAUCAAGGAAGGUAUGUCUCAGGACUCAUUCGCAAGCGACUUAGUAAAGCUUGCUACCGAAGGCAAGCCUCGAAGAUUUUGGGUGAAUGAUGGAAUACUCUACACCAUUGGGAACCGAGUCUAUGUGCCGAAAUAG